CCAAGGUUCAGGGUAGCCAUCUGUGGGGGAGGCAUAGGAGGCAUGUGCCUUGCUGUCGCGCUCUCGAAGUACCCAGACAUCGAGACAGUCGUCUAUGAAGCAGCAGGUAACUUUCAGGAAGUCGGUGCUGGAGUUAUGUUGUGGGGUAGAACAUGGAGAAUCCUCACGUUACUGGGCCUCGAUAAGGCCUUCCGCGACCUGGCAGGUGUAGCAGUCGAUGGAUCGCAAGACCCUCCGUUCAACUGGACAUACCGCAGGUCUGACAUGGGAAGUGAAGGUUACAAGAUUGACACAGUAACCUUGCCCUCGUGCCCUAUGCAUAACUACCAUCGAGCUCACGUUCUUGAACUGCUUGCCGGAAUGCUGCCGGAGGACACGGUGAAGCUUGGCAAGCGCGUUGCCUCUUAUCAGAGAGUCGCAGACUCCAGUCUAGUUGCCGUUACCUUCGCGGACGGGUCCGUGGUCACUUGCGAUGUCCUCGUGGGGUGCGACGGUAUCAGGUCUGUAGUGCGACGAUACAUGUUCGAAAGCUUGGCCGAGAAGGGACUUCCCGAGAUGAAGAAAUACAUUGAGCCCGUCUGGACGGGCGAGACACUGUAUCGAGCCCUUAUUCCUUCGGAGCAUGUGUCGAAGCUGGGACUCGGGGGCGGAAGGAAGUAUUCAGUCCUCGGAGAUCCUCUUAUGUAUUGUGGAAAGAACAAGCAUUUCAUGGGCUAUCCCAUCGGAAGGGGGAAAUGGGCGAAUGUAGGGGGAUUUGACACACACCCCGAGGCUGCGGGCACAUUAUACAGUGGGCCUUGGGUUCAGGAAAGUUCGUCAGAGGAACUUCGUGGUGUGUUUGCGGGAUGGGAGUCCGAGCUUCAAGAGGUACUCAAGUCUAUAGAAAAGCCCACCAAAUGGGCUAUACACCAGCUGCAGCCGCUUCCCACGUACACCUCUGGGCCGGUCGCGCUCCUGGGUGACGCGGCUCACGCCAUGACGACACACCAUGCAUCCGGAGCGGGACAAGCGUUCGAAGAUGCAUAUAUUCUCGCUGGUGUUCUGGGGCAUCCCUCAGUAACCAGAAGAAGUAUUUCGCUUGCGCUCAAGGCCUACGAGCACAUCCGACUACCGUCAGCGGCAGAUGUCAUGUCAAGGUCAGGCAAGACUGGCCCGAUUUACGAGUUCAGAAGCCCUGAUUCAGGUGAUGAUCAUACGUCAUGGAUUUCGGCACUCCGUAAACAAUUUGAUUGGAUUUACGGAGAAGAUCCAGCGAAACAGCUAAAAAGCGCGACAGAGUGGAUGGCGAAACAGCAAUUAGCGUCCUCUGGCCGUUCCAAGCUUUGAUAUCACAGUCUACACAUGUAUACCGCAGUUCUAGUUCGUGUCAUAUGCGGC